AUAAAGAAAGUCUGUGUUUCGGCAGCACUGUUUUAUUGGCGGGUUAUUUAAGGUAAUUUCGCGGGUUUGCUUAUAAUUGAUUGAAGAAAUUAUAAAUAUUUACGAAAUGACGAAUGUAGAGCAGAUAACAACCAGAUUUUUGAACUCCGUUGCAAGUGUUGGAUUUUCGAACACGGAAAAAAUAAAGGCUGAAGUUCGUAGACUGGCAAACAAUCCAUUAUUCCAAAGUUUUUUGGACGACUUCUCCAGCUCUGUAACAAGCCAAAAUCUAAUAAGCCUAAAGCAGUUGAAUAAGUUUAAAGAUCUUGAUGUAUCUGAAUCUGACAUCAGUCUUGAUUCUACCAAGCAGGAAAUUUGUGACCUAAAGAAAAAAAACCAAAAAUUAAAUAAAAAAAAUGAACGGAUUUCAAAACAACUUGAGCGAAGUUACAGCUACAAGGAAAAGUUAGAAGCCCAGCUUCACGAGCUUGAACAACAACAAGCGAGAAAAGUAAAUGAAAAAGAAAAUCUUAACUUAAAAUUUGAAUGUUCGAAACAGCAUUACAAACUAAACUUGGCAAAACACGAAAAGGGUAUAUCAGGGUAUUUUCAAAAGUUGUCAGAGGUGAACAUAGACUUGGAUGUCGUGUCUAACACUGUACAGGACACAAGCAAUGAAACAGUUCUAAUGUCACAUACUGAUUUGGGAAACUUACUUUCUGCUGAAGAUGAAUACACAAGACAAAUGGCAAGUUAUGCCAAGAAGCAAUUCACUCAGGCCACUGCUGGUAUUCAGGAUGUGAAUACUUCAUUCAGUGAAAACAUUUCUGAUAUAACAACUGUGGAAGAAACCUCGUCUGAACUGGAGGAGAAGAAACAUUUGGAGAGAAUCAUGUGUGGGUACAAAGCAAGAAAACUUCGUUUAAUUUUGGCUAAAGCUGCAGAAAGUCAAGCUAAUGGUUUGAAAUCGUUUCUGGAUGGGAAAGUUUCACUGGUGGCAACAAAAACACAAGGGUUUGAAAAUAUCCAUGAGCUUGCAAGUGCAGCAAGUGAGGCUGAGUUACAAUCUCACAACAUACUGAAAGAUAUCUUGCCAAAAUUACUGGAUAAAUGUGCAAAGUUAGAAAGAUCCAUGCUGCUGGCUGGUGACUGCAGGUUACAACUUGCUAAGCAGAAGUACCUGACUAAUAAACAGACACAGAUGAUUAAUAUGUUGAUUCAACAACUGUCUCGACUUGUGUUGGUUUGGAUGUUGCUCAAACUUGAAACAUCACAACAUGCGAACCUGGUUCGUGGCUUACAUAAAUGGAGUUCUGAAUUGGAGCAAGAUCUAAGUUCAGUUAAGCGACGAACGGAGCACCUGAGCAUGAGUAAUGUUGCUCAUAGAAAACCAAGCAAAGCAAAAGCUGUGAUUGAUAACAGAGACACAGCUAUGCUGAGUGUGUAUGCAGCUUUGGUGUCAAAACCACCCAAACACUCGAUUUUCAAGGAGUUCUCGGUCGCACAUGAUGCUGCAGAAACACUCACUCGUGAAGUUGAUUUAAUUUCAAACAACGAGAAACUUUGCUUCAUCCCAGCAACCUUACAAACUCUAGUGAAUGACUUGAACGAAUGCUAUGACAUCAAUACAUCUUCAACAAACAAGGGGUUUCUUUUGACACCAGAACAAGUUAGUGACCAACAAACAGAAUUGUUGAGUCAAGUUUCCCAGAUUCGUGCAACUGUUUCUGCUGAAUUAACGAAGAUGGAAAAGAAAAAGCAGUUUAUUGAGAAUGAUCAAACAGCUUCAGCUGCUCGAGAUAUUUGGAUCAAUUUUUUCCUUCAACCACAAAACUGUGCGUAGAUGCUUUUCACUUGCGCCUUAAUCGAUCUUUGUUUAAUGUAUAUUUCUCUGACAUUCAUCUAAUCUAGUCAAUUUAAAAAAAAAAAACAUUUUAUAUUGUUAUAGAAAAGGAAAUAGUACUGUAGGGUAAGAUGAAUAUCUUUAAUGUUCCAUAAUUUUGUUUUUUUUACAAUUAACAAUAAUGAGCUGUGAGAAUACAGUCGUAAAAUUCUGUAAAUAUGUGUUCACUACAAAAUAGGACAAUAAAAGAGAACGAAAACAUUUAUCAUGUUACCAUUACCAACUAUAUGUGUUUAAUUUUUUCAUUGCCAAAGUUAAAUCUGUACAGUAGGGCAUGGCAAAAAACCUUAUCGGGAAAUAUUAAAAAAACAAUGCGUUAAUAACUUUUUACGUCUCUGUCUUAAUAAACUGAAUUAAUGACAUGAAUGUUCAACCACAA